UGUAAAAAGUACGGCGGUGCCAAACAGAUGCAAUUAUGUACUUGCACAGGAAAUGUACUGUUUCGAUAGUGUUUUUCGGCUAUUGUCUACUACUGCUUAAAGCAACGGUUCGGAGUCAUGCCAUUUCGGGUGCAUUUCCGCGUAGUUCCGAUGGCACGUCCGCCCUGACCGUCGUCGAACCUCCACUCAUGCAAGCUAGUAACAGUGAAACCACCAAACUAAGUGCCAGUGAACUUUACAGUCGACUGCAACCCCAACCGCGGAGGCUGAAUCUAGAACGAAUGGAUUCGUGGUCGGAACCGAGCGCAAGUCACAUGAUCAAGGGCAGACAGUGGAAAUUGCAAAACAUCACCCCGCCGGGUCGAAGUCGGACCAACAACCGCUCGUUCCCUUCGUUCAAUGAGAUGGAGAGCGGUGAAUAUGAUGGCGACGAGGAGGACAAACAGGCAACCCAGUGGGACACCGCCCCCCUGAAGGUGCGCCGGGAUUUACAGGUUCCAGAACCGGAAGCGAGAGGGUUGGACAGUGUUACAGAUUUGGUCGCACGAGCAGCGAAAUCAUCCGAUCUAGAGGAUUAUUUCUACAGAUACGUUAUGGAUAAUGAUCUAGAGGAUACCCUGGAUGAUGACGAUGACGACGAUGACGACAUCAAUCCGGAGGCUCGCUUCAAGAAGAAGAAAAAGUACCACCUGAAACACAAAAUCAAGAAGUACCUGCUGCCGCUGCUGUUGGCCUACAAGCUCAAGUUCAUGAUGAUGUUCCCGGCAAUGGUGGGCGGGUUGAUACUGCUGGUGAAGGCCGCCGGUCUGGCCGGAUUCUUCUUCGCCCUGUUUGCGUCGGUUGUCAGCUUACAGAAGCACUAGGGCUGGGACGGUUCGUGACGGCGCGAUCAUCGGGCAGCGCUAGGAUAGGGUGAAUGGACUGACUGAGUGAGUGCGAGCAGAAUGACCCGGCGAGUUUGAGGAUGCUGCGACGAAAAAUGGACUAACGAAUUGAAGUCUCUGAUCGUGGCACGCGUAACGUUAAACGAGGUGUGACCGAGUCGAAGCGAGAGUGAUAGAUGCGAAGGGAAAUGGAAGCCCAGGGAGCGUGAAAUUGAGACAACCUUGAUUGGGAGCAAACUCACCGAAACGGAAAAUACUCAACGAUUGUAGUGCUGUUGUUUGAUAGUUUUGUGUUGUUUGAGAGUGUCGGUACGCCCAGAGAAGCAAGCGAAAUUAGGCGAGUGAAUGAUUCCAAUUGGA